UCUCACUGCCCCUCUCUCUACCCAACUCACCACACCAGUUAUUCAGAAUCUUCUCCUCUCUCUCUCUCCUCUGCAACUCUCUUUGUUUGAAAGAAGAAGAAGAGAACUCUCUCUCUGUCUCUCUGUCUCUCUUCAUAUUCAAUAUAUAUAUAUAUAUAUAUCCAUGGAAGUAGCUUCUAUAUCACUAGGCAUUUGCUCAAAGCGUGAAGCCGAAUUAAAAAUCGAACAAUUUCGCUUUAGAGCUUCAACCACGUGAACUCUGACAGAUACUCUCUCUCUCGAUUGUGGAGCUGUUAAUUCGUCAGUUCUCGACUGAAUCGAGCAAUGGCGGCUUCAUCGUCUCGGGGACGAAGUAGUUCACCAUUCAACCAUCGAAGGCCUUCGAGUCCUCACUCGUCAUCGUCUUCGUCUUCUUCGUUCAUGAGCACUCGGAUUGUACCUCGCUCGUGUGCGUCUUCGUCGACAUCGCAUUACGGUUCAGGAAACGGUUACAGUUCCAGAUCCAUGACUCCAGGUCUGCCUCAAACCGACUCAGUGUACUCCAAGGGCUGUGGAGGUCGCUCGCCCGUUGAUUUUGUGUCGGCCGAUGAACUUCUAGCAGAGGAACUCGAUGCGCCGAGAUCCGGCGGCGAUAGCAUUUCGGUGACGAUUCGGUUUCGGCCUUUGAGUGAACGGGAAUAUCAGCGGGGGGACGAGAUUGCGUGGUACGCGGAUGGUGAUAAAAUUGUUCGAAAUGAGUACAAUUUGGCUACAGCUUAUGCAUUUGAUAGAGUUUUUGGACCCUCUACCAUAACUGAGGAAGUAUAUGAAGUAGCUGCGCGGCCGGUUGUCAAGGCUGCCAUGGAAGGUGUAAAUGGAACUGUCUUUGCCUAUGGUGUUACAAGUAGUGGGAAGACGCACACUAUGCAUGGGGAUCAAAAUUCUCCAGGUAUCAUACCAUUGGCCAUAAAGGAUGUUUUUAGCAUUAUUCAAGAUACUCCAGGACAAGAGUUCUUACUUCGAGUGUCAUAUCUUGAAAUCUAUAAUGAGGUGAUAAAUGACUUGCUUGAUCCAACUGGUCAAAAUUUGCGAGUCAGAGAAGAUGCACAGGGUACUUACGUUGAGGGUAUAAAGGAAGAAGUUGUUUUGUCACCAGGGCAUGCACUUUCUUUUAUUGCUGCUGGAGAAGAGCAUCGUCAUGUUGGUUCGAAUAACUUUAAUUUAUUCAGUAGCCGCAGUCAUACAAUAUUCACACUGAUGAUUGAAAGUAGUGCCCACGGUGAUGAAUAUGAUGGAGUGGUCUUCUCUCAACUUAAUUUGAUUGAUUUAGCUGGAUCUGAGAGCUCAAAAACUGAAACAACUGGAUUGAGGAGAAAGGAAGGAGCAUACAUUAACAAAAGUCUUCUAACACUUGGAACUGUAAUUGGAAAACUAAGUGAGGGGAAGGCUUCUCAUGUUCCAUACCGAGAUUCCAAGCUUACCCGCCUCCUGCAAUCUUCACUGAGUGGCCAUGGACAUGUUUCACUUAUUUGCACAAUUACUCCUGCAUCCAGUAAUAUGGAGGAAACUCAUAACACGUUAAAAUUUGCGAGCAGGGCAAAGUGUGUUGAGAUCUUUGCCUCACGUAAUAAGAUUAUUGAUGAAAAGUCUUUGAUUAAAAAGUAUCAAAGAGAAAUAUCAAGCCUCAAACUAGAACUUGAUCAGCUAAAGAAGGGGAUUCUUGUUGGUGUCAGUCAUGAGGAGGUUAUUAGCUUAAGACAACAGUUGGAAGAAGGUCAAGUGAAAAUGCAGUCAAGAUUAGAGGAAGAGGAGGAAGCAAAGGCUGCUCUAAUGAGUAGAAUACAAAGGCUAACCAAGCUCAUACUCGUUUCUACAAAGAAUACAAUUCCUGGAUGUUUGAAUGAUGUGCCCAGUCAUCAACGGAGGCAUUCUGUUGGCGAGGAUGAUAAGCUGGAUGUUUUGCGUGAUGGUUCUUUUCUCAUAGGGAGUGAGAAUCACAAAGAAUUCUCAUCUUCUGCUUUGGCAAUUUCAUCCGAUCCUUCUAAUGAAUUUAAACACACAAGAUCUUCCAACAAGUGGAAUGAUGAAUUAUCGCCAGCUGGCAGUACAGUUACUGAAUCAACUCAAGUGGGUGAACUUGGUGGGAUGGCAAUGUCAGAUCAAAUGGACCUUCUUGUUGAGCAAGUUAAGAUGCUUGGUGGUGAGAUUGCAUUCAGCACCAGUACCUUGAAGCGUUUGGUGGAACAGUCCGUGAAUGAUCCUGUUAGCUCGAAAACUCAAAUUCAGAACUUGGAACAUGAAAUCCAAGAAAAGAGAAGGCAGAUGAGGGUUUUGGAACAACGCAUUAUGGAAAGUGGUGAGGCUUCAACUGCUAAUGGUUCAUUAAUUGACAUGCAACAGAAAGUGAUGAAAUUGAUGACCCAGUGUAAUGAAAAAAGUUUUGAGCUAGAGAUAACAUCAGCAGACAAUCGCAUCCUCCAGGAGCAACUGCAGAAUAAGUGUGCAGAGAAUAAGGAAUUGCAAGAGAAAAUAAAUCUCCUUGAUCAGCAGUUGGCUUCAGGAAGUGGUGGUAAAUCGUCAUCUUCUGAACAAUGUAUAUCUGAAGAAUACGUGGAUGAGUUGAGAAAGAAAAUUAAGUCUCAGGAAAUUGAGAAUGAGAAACUAAAGUUAGAACAUGUUCAUAUUUUAGAGGAGAACAGUGGAUUACAUGUACAGAAUCAAAAAUUGUCUGAAGAAGCUUCUUAUGCAAAGGAACUGGCCUCUGCUGCUGCCGUUGAGUUGAAGAAUUUGGCUGGUGAAGUCACAAAGCUCUCUCUACAUAAUGCAAAACUAGAGAAAGAACUAUUGGCUGCUCAAGAAAUGGCACAUUCUAGAGGUGCUGGUUUACAAACUGGUAGUGGUGUCAACAGGAAGUAUAGUGACAGCAUAAGACCAGGUAGAAAAGGACGGCUUUCUGGCAGAGCUAAUGAAGUUUCCAGAAUGUUCUAUAGUGAGUUGGACUCCUGGGAUCUUGACCCAGAUGAUUUGAAGAUGGAGUUGCAGGCAAGGAAACAACGGGAGGCGGCCCUUGAGGCUGCCUUGGCUGAGAAGGAUUUUGUUGAAGAGGAAUACAGGAAAAGAGCUGAAGAAGCAAAGAAACGGGAGACAGCUUUGGAAAAUGAUUUAGCCAACAUGUGGGUGCUUGUUGCACAGCUGAAAAAAGAGGGGGGAGCUAUCCCUGAGUUAAGCACCAAUGAGAGACAAACUGAUGGAAUAAACCGUGUGAAUGAUCCGAAAAUAGAUGAUGUUGACAGCAAAAAUAAUGUCCUCAAAGAGAGGCAAGUAACGGAUGUUAGAAAACCAGCUCAAGAUGUUUCCAAGGAAGAAUCUCUUGUUCUUCGUUUGAAGGCUCGACUCCAAGAGAUGAAGGAGAAAGAACUUAAAUAUUCAGCGAAUGGGGAUGCAAAUUCUCAUGUAUGUAAAAUAUGUUUUGAAACACCAACUGCCACCAUGCUUCUCCCUUGCCGGCACUUUUGUCUGUGUGAAUCUUGUUCACUUGCUUGUUCUGAGUGUCCAAUUUGUCGGACAAAGAUCACAGAUAGGAUUUUUGCUUUCACCCCUUGACAAUGUUGCAUGGUCAGGGAUUUUUAUCAUCUUCUUCCACCUGUUUGUAUUUUCUCAUGGAAUAGAGCGGGUGGCAUUCUUUUAUUAGUUGUAUGCAACUGUUGAAAAAGGUAUAUUUGCCUCUUGUAUCUCUCUCCCAAGGGGCUGUAAAAUAAGAGGGGGGAAAAUGAACAAAACUUUAAAAUGAAGAAAAAAAGAAUGUAAAACUACAUAUGAAGCCAUUUGAAAUUUUCAUUGCAUAUUUGUAAGCUUCUACAACAAGAUU